CGUUCAAGCUGCCGAAACGAGUGUAGACUCUACUAUGAAACCAAACUAGCUCCAAACAGUAAAGCAAAUCCCUCUUGCAAGGUUUCAGAUUGUUUGGGUUUUGGUUCAAAAGAAGAAAUGAGUCGUAAUCGUCGAACAACCGACGACAUUUUCCCUCCUAAGAAGCGUCCUUGUACAUCUCUGUCUGUAAAGAGGGCUACCUCUUUAGUGAGUCUUCCAAGCAACACUGGUGGGUCUGAGAUGAUGCCCCAACUUGAAGCCGCAAGUGCUUUGGUUAGUCUGAAUGGUGCCAGUUUUCCUGCUCAGGAGGGCCAGAAUGUGGUCCUUAGUAGCGAAGAGUAUGAUCAAGCUUUGAAGGAGCGAGGUUUGGCCUUGAACGAGCUUGACAAUUUGAGAGCAGAGCUAAAGAAGGUGCAAGAUAACAGGUCAAAGGAUCUGGCUGAGUUUGAGUUGGGGAAGAAAGUGUUGGAAGCUGAGAAAAAAGGUAUAAAUGAGAGAGCUGAUAAGGAUUUUAUUAACUUUGCAUCGGAGCUAAAAUAUAUCGUGAAGCAGUUGUGCCAGAGGGAGGCUGAUUUGGAGAAGACUUCCCAGGAACGGGAUAGUUACCGAAGCAGCUUGGAAUUAGGAAAGAAGGAGUGGGAGGAUGAAAAGAAAGCAUUGGAUGAGAAACUUGACAAAGAGAUUAAUAAGUUUGCAUCAGAGGUAAAAGAUGUCCUGAAAAACUUGUGCAAGAGUGAGGCUGAGUUGGAGAAGACUUCCCAAGAACGGGAUAGCUAUCGAAACAACUUGGAAUCGGGGAAGAAGGAGUGGGAGGAUGAAAAGAAAGCUUUGACUGAGAGAUUUAAUGAGGAAAUUAAUAACUUCGGAGUAGAGCUUAAGGAGGCCCAGGGAAGCUUGUUUAAGUGCGAGGUUGAGUUGGAGAAGACUUCUCAGGAACGGGAUAGCUACCGAAACAACUUGGAAUUGGGGAACAAGGAGUGGGAGGAUGAAAAGAAAGUUUUGAUUCAGAGCCAUAAUGACGACCGAAACAUGUACGAAUCAAAAAACAAGUAUUUAACAGUUUCGUUGGAUUACCUGGUGAUUAAGCUUGCCAAAGAGAAGGGUGCAAUGAAAGAGGAAGAGGGGGUUGAUUAUCUGGAAGCGUUUCUAGGGGACACCAAAGAGUUUGACGAAGUUAUGUGUGCUUACAAUGUAAUGAAGGAGAUGGAAGAGAAAAUGGCCAAGAGGGCUCAAGAAUCCUGACAACACAUGGCACAAUCCGAGAUUAGCCAACGGGGUUACUGAUCUUUCUGUAUCGCGGAUGAUGAGCAGUCUUGACAUCAGAUCUGUAGAGCUUUGUAUUAAUAGUGAUACAUUUACAAAUUUCGUGUCAAAUUUUUCAGCUUCUAUUUUGCAUGUGGACGUGGGUUCAUGUAGUUUUCUGAAUCCCAUCAUGCCUAAUAGAGUGGGAAGCUGGAAAAGUGGAGAUGAAAUUAUCUGAGAAGUGAACUUCUAUCUUCUGAUUCUACUUGAAAAUCCUCUGUCCACAAAGUGAAUUUUAAUUUUUUUUUCCUGUUAAGUAGGAAUUCUGCAACAGAAUGUUUGUUACCACUUCGAAAAGGCCUUCUUGUUUCAAGCAGAUGCCUUCUCAAAAGCUGGAGCGCAAAAGAUUAAUAGUAAUUCGUGAACAAUGUUUUAACUAUAAUUAUUAUUCUUCUGUUUUCUUUGA